GUGUCUUUCAUCUCUUGACGAAAAUUCAAAUAACAGGAAACCUCGAUAACAGUUAAAAUGAAAAGAAAAAUCGAGACGACUUCGGUGGGAGGCAGAUAGGACUUCCUGACUCUCACAGUGGUGUUUUUGAGGAGCAACCGCAGUGAUGGAGAAAAGUGGUCAGAGAACUAGUUACAACUAAGUAAAUGAAGGAUUAGAUGACGCACCCAGAGUAAGCCACUACAACUACUUACAUGACUUCAAGUUGUAAGUGUUGAGCAAUUUAUUGGCAGUCACUACUAUUUGUGCAUCGAAAUGGGGAACCAAGUUUUCACCGAUGCACUGCUUGGCCAGUGUUGUACGCCCAUUCUUCGCAAGGAUGGUGAUCCUUUUGGCGGGCUUUGUGGCACCGACUCUGACAAAAUACAGCAGGAACGGUUGGAGCUGCGUCGAGAAGCCAUCGCGCAGCGUCGGAGAAAAUACAACGAAAUCAAGACAGCGGGCGGGACGUUUCACCUAUAUCUUCUACUUGUGAUGAAGAUGACGCUUUUCAUGUUCGAAGAAAUAGUCCUACUUCCAAGUCUACUGGUUCUGGUCGUGAUGACGAACGUAUGCAACACAUGAUACUGGUUAAAACCGACCUCCUGAUGAUCAACAUGAUAUCGCUUUUAGAGAAAAUGCAACGGUUGCAUCCUGUCCUGUCGUAUUCACAACAGACCUCGUCGUGGUGGUGGCAAUGCUCGGGCCGAAAGUAAAAGCAAGAACCGCGCGAAGUCAAAGCGGAAGCUCCGAGAGCAACAUCGCAAUAGCGCGAACUCCUCGUUAGGGUCCGAUGGUUCAAUAGAUGGGGUGGGACUUCUGGCAGACCUCGAAGAGGAUGACGAGGAGGGAAUCGAAGAGGACGAGCCCGAGCCACACUUUCUGCAAAUGAUGGCUCGCCGCGGAAUGCGACUACAUCUCUUUCUGCUCUUCGGCUUGUUGCUGCUGUGGAAAUAUUACGGAGGACUAUUUUCAGCUCCUGAUAGUAUUAAGCAAUGUUCAUAGAAGUGUUGUUACGUAUUGGAUAUCUGGCACUUGAUUUAUUCGUACUCUCACGAACGCUACAUCUAAACCUAAUGGACUCUUUUUGUUAUGACGAGCGCCAUUUUCUCUCUCGUACUUUUUUCUCGUCGAAGACAUCUUAGAGGAAACAGGCAUCCUCACCGCUUUCUUUCUUCUGUUUUACCUGG